GUCUCCCCCCCUCUCUCUCUCGUUUCCUUGAGCGGGAUUGCACCGGGUGUCUGCGCUCUCCGAGCAUCUCCUGAACGGACCAGCUGGUGGGGGGAUUCUGCAUUUACCAACCCGUUUAUGUCGAGUGCAAGGAUUUUUUUUAUUAUUAUUAUCGGAAGGAUUUGAGCCCCGUGAGCUUUGAUUGGAGAGCAAAACGUAACAUUGAGGGUCCAGGCAGAGCGCCGACGUCUGUCUGUUCCAGACCUGGAACCCGCCCCCAUCCUCCCCAAAAACUCGACUGUUUUUCAUCAAUUUGAUUUUUUUGGGUUGGAUUUCAUUCUGGAAUAAUGAUGUGGAAACGCGAGGCUUCAUAAAAUGGGCUGACGCCGUGAGUAUCCAUGAUCUUCAUCACAUCAUCAACGGCAGUCAAGACAUUUGCAUUCCUCCAGAACUGCUUCUGUGGAUGGUACAAACCUAAUGACCAAGUAGCUGCAGGAUGAAAACAUGGCUGCACCCCUUCUUGCACCGCCAGGACCUGAUAGCUUCAAGAGGUUUAACAAGGAAUCUUUGGUGGUCCUUGAGCAGCGCAUCAAAGAGGAGAAAAACAGGAAGCCGCCCAAGCAGGACAGCAGCUACAGAGAUGACGAUGACGAGAACAAGCCGAGACCCAACAGCGACCUGGAGGCUGGGAAGAGCCUUCCCUACAUCUAUGGAGACAUCCCUAAAGGAAUGGUGGCGGUACCACUGGAUGAUCUGGAUCCCUUCUACUUGAAUACUCAAAAAACAUUUAUAGUGCUAAAUAGAGGGAAGACAAUCUUCCGUUUUAGUGCCACACCUGCCUUGUACUUCAUAAGUCCUUUCAAUCCGAUUAGGCAACUAGCUAUUAAAAUUUUGAUACAUUCUCUUUUCAGCAUGAUCAUUAUGUGUACUAUUUUGACCAACUGUAUAUUCAUGACCUUUAGUGAUCCCCCCGAAUGGUCAAAACAAGUAGAGUACACAUUCACAGGAAUUUAUACAUUUGAGUCUCUUGUAAAAAUCACUGCCCGUGGAUUCUGUAUAGACGAUUUUACAUUCCUAAGAGAUCCCUGGAACUGGCUGGAUUUCAUGGUCAUUUCAAUGGCAUAUAUAACAGAGUUUGUGGACCUGGGCAAUGUAUCUGCGCUGAGAACGUUCAGAGUUCUCCGAGCAUUGAAAACUAUCUCUGUCAUUCCAGGCCUAAAGACCAUCGUUGGUGCCCUGAUCCAGUCUGUGAAGAAGCUUUCGGAUGUGAUGAUCCUGACUGUCUUCUGCUUGAGUGUCUUUGCCCUCAUUGGUCUCCAGCUCUUCAUGGGCAACCUGCGCCAAAAGUGUGUUUAUUGGCCAAUCAAUUUGAACGAAACAUACCUGAACAAUGGCAGCAAGGGCUUUGACUGGGAUGAGUACAUCAGUAACGAUACCAAUUUUUACAAACUGCAUGGCCAGAUAGACCCCCUGCUCUGUGGAAACAGCUCAGACUCUGGCCGCUGCCCGGAGGGCUACACGUGCAUGAAAGCUGGGAGGAAUCCAAACUACGGCUACACCAGCUUUGACAGCUUUGGCUGGGCCUUCCUUGCUUUGUUCCGACUCAUGACACAAGACUUCUGGGAAAACCUUUAUAUGCUGACUUUGAGGGCAGCAGGGAAGACCUACAUGAUCUUCUUUGUCUUGGUGAUCUUUGUGGGCUCAUUCUACCUGGUCAAUCUAAUUCUGGCUGUUGUAGCCAUGGCUUAUGAAGAGCAGAACCAAGCCACAAUGGAAGAAGCCCAGCAGAAGGAGGAAGAAUUUAAGGCUAUGCUGGAGCAGCUGAAGAAACAGCAGGAGGAAGCCCAGACUGCUGCCAUGGCAACAUCUGCUGGUACAGUGUCAGAGGAUGCAGUAGAGGAUGACGGAGGGGGGCAUAUGUCUUGCAGUUCGUCAGAGAUGUCAAAGCUUAGUUCUAAGAGUGCCAAAGAACGCCGAAACCGUAAGAAGAAGUGGCGACAGAAAGAGCAGGAGAAGGAGAAGGGCGAUAGUGAGAAGUUUGUCAAAUCAGAGUCAGAUGAUGGAAGCAAAAGAAGCCGCUUCCGUUUUCCUGAUAAUCGACUGGGUCGAAAGUCUUCCAUCAUGAACCAGUCUCUCCUUAGCAUUCCUGGCUCGCCAUUCCUCUCCCGCCACAACAGCAAGAGCAGCAUCUUUAGUUUCAAGGGCCGAAGCAAGGAUGUGGGCUCGGAGAAUGAGUUCGCCGAUGAUGAACACAGCACGGUUGAGGAAUGCGAAGAGCGCCGUGGCUCCCUGUUUAGCCCCUACCGACGGAACAGCUACACGGGCUUCCAUGGAAAGAGGAACAGCACAGUGGACUGCAACGGAGUGGUGUCACUUAUCGGCACUGGGCCCGGUGGACGACUUCUGCCUGAGGUGAAAAUAGAUAAGGCAGCUACUGAUGACAGUCCAACUACUGAGGUUGAGGUGAAGAAGAAGCUGUCGGGCUCCCUGAUGGUGUCUGUGGACCAGCUCAAUACCUCCUUUGGGCGGAAAGAGCGGGCCAACAGUGUCAUGAGCGUCAUUACCAACACACUAGUGGAGGAGCUGGAGGAGUCUCAGCGAAAGUGUCCGCCAUGCUGGUAUAAAUUUUCUAACACAUUCCUGAUCUGGGAAUGCUGCCCCUUGUGGAUUAAGAUCAAGGAGAUUGUAAACCUCAUAGUCAUGGAUCCUUUCGUGGACCUGGCCAUCACUAUCUGUAUUGUCCUCAACACCCUCUUCAUGGCAAUGGAGCAUUACCCCAUGACCACUGAAUUUGAAGAUAUGCUCUCCGUGGGUAAUCUGGUGUUCACUGGGAUCUUUGCUGGUGAGAUGUUUCUCAAGCUUGUGGCCAUGGAUCCAUACUAUUACUUCCAGGAAGCUUGGAACUGUUUUGAUGGAUUUAUUGUGACACUGAGUUUGGUGGAGCUGGCUUUGGCUGAUGUUGAAGGUCUUUCUGUGCUGCGGUCAUUCCGAUUGCUGAGGGUGUUCAAGCUGGCCAAGUCAUGGCCCACCCUCAACAUGCUGAUCAAGAUCAUUGGUAACUCUGUGGGCGCCUUGGGAAACUUGACUCUGGUGCUGGCCAUCAUUGUCUUCAUCUUUGCUGUAGUGGGCAUGCAGCUUUUUGGAAAGAGCUACAAAGACUGUGUGUGUAAAAUCAGCGAGACCUGUGUUCUGCCUCGCUGGCACAUGCACGACUUCUUCCACUCAUUCCUGAUCGUCUUCCGGGUGUUGUGCGGUGAAUGGAUAGAGACCAUGUGGGACUGUAUGGAGGUUGCUGGUCAAGCAAUGUGUCUUAUCGUCUUUAUGAUGGUUAUGGUCAUUGGCAACCUUGUGGUGUUGAACUUGUUCCUUGCCUUGCUGCUGAGCUCAUUCAGCGCUGACAACUUGGCUGCAACUGAUGACGAUGGUGAGCCAAACAACCUUCAGAUUUCCGUCAUGCGGAUCAAGAAGGGCAUUGCUUGGGUAAAGGCGAAAAUGCGCAUAGUGGUGGCAAGUCUUCUAAGAAGAUCUCCAAUGGAAGAUGAGCAGAAGCCGUUGGACGAUAUGUAUAAAGAAAAGCCCAACUGCAUUGCUAAUCACACUGGCGUAGACAUCAACCGUGACCUAGACUAUGCCAAAAAUGGCAACGGCACAACCAGUGGUAUUGGCAGCAGUGUGGGCAAGUACAUGAUCGAUGAGGACCACAUGUCAUUCAUCCACAACCCAAACCUCACGGUCUGCGUGCCCAUUGCCGUGGGAGAAUCUGACUUUGAGAAUCUCAACACAGAAGACUUCAGCAGUGAAUCGGACAUUGAGAACAGCAAAGAGCUGGAUGACACCAGUUCUUCUGAGGGUAGCACCAUUGACAUCAAGCCAGAUGUGGAAGAGGUGGUGGUGGUGGAGGCGGUGGAGGAAUACAUGGAACCAGAAGCUUGUUGGACAGAUGCUUGUGUUGCCAAAUAUAAGUGCUGUGAUGUGGACAUAACCAUUGGCUGGGGGAAGACCUGGUGGUUCCUGAGAAAAACUUGCUACCUGAUAGUGGAACACAACUGGUUUGAGACGCUGAUCAUCUUCAUGAUCCUCCUCAGUAGUGGCGCUCUGGCUUUUGAAGAUGUGUACAUAGAGCAGAGGAAGACCAUUCGAAUUAUUUUGGAGUAUGCUGACAGGGUCUUCACCUACAUCUUCAUCUUGGAGAUGUUGCUGAAGUGGGUUGCGUAUGGUUUUGUCAAGUACUUCACCAACGCCUGGUGUUGGCUGGACUUCUUCAUUGUUGAUGUGUCUAUAGUCAGCCUUGUAGCUAAUGCGCUGGGCUACUCCGAUCUAGGGCCCAUUAAAUCACUCAGGACACUAAGGGCCUUGAGACCCCUCAGAGCCUUGUCACGUUUUGAAGGGAUGAGGGUGGUAGUCAACGCCUUGGUUGGUGCCAUCCCUUCCAUUAUGAAUGUGUUGCUGGUUUGCCUCAUCUUUUGGCUGAUUUUCAGCAUAAUGGGGGUCAACAUGUUUGCGGGCAAGUACGGGUUCUGUUUCAAUGACACGGCAGAGGACUACCUCCCAUAUUCGGAAGUCAACAACAAGUCCGACUGUAUUAAACUCAUGGAAGAAAACAACACUGAAAUCAGGUGGAGAAACGUCAAGAUCAACUUUGACAAUGUGGGCGCCGGCUACCUUGCUCUUUUGCAAGUGGCCACCUUCAAAGGCUGGAUGGACAUCAUGUACGCUGCGGUGGAUUCCAGAGGGGUGGAAAUGCAACCAAGUUAUGAAAUCAACAUCUACAUGUAUAUCUAUUUUGUGGUCUUCAUUAUAUUUGGGUCCUUCUUUACUCUAAACCUCUUCAUUGGUGUGAUCAUUGACAACUUCAACCAGCAGAAGAAAAAGUUUGGAGGUCAGGAUAUCUUCAUGACAGAGGAACAGAAGAAGUACUACAACGCUAUGAAAAAACUCGGCUCUAAAAAACCACAAAAACCUAUCCCACGACCACAGAACAAGAUCCAGGGAAUGGUGUUUGACUUUGUGACGCAGCAGGUCUUUGACAUCUCCAUCAUGAUCCUGAUCUGCCUCAACAUGGUCACUAUGAUGGUGGAAACGGAUGACCAGUCUGACGAAACAGAAAAUGUCCUGUACUGGGUCAACUUUAUCUUCAUCGUCGUCUUCACUACAGAGUUUUUGCUGAAGCUCUUUGCUCUGCGGCACUAUUACUUUACCAAUGGAUGGAACAUAUUUGAUGUGGUGGUGGUCAUCCUUUCCAUUGUCGGUAUGUUUCUGGCUGACCUGAUUGAGAAGUACUUUGUGUCACCGACGUUGUUCAGGGUGAUCCGAUUGGCUCGUAUUGGUCGAAUCCUCCGUCUGAUCAAAGGAGCCAAAGGCAUCCGGACUUUACUCUUUGCCUUGAUGAUGUCACUGCCGGCUCUGUUCAAUAUUGGCCUGCUGCUUUUUCUGGUCAUGUUCAUCUUCUCCAUCUUUGGGAUGUCCAACUUUGGCUAUGUAAAACACAGUGCAGGUAUUGAUGAUCUAUACAACUUUGAGACCUUUGGCAACAGCAUGAUCAUCCUGUUCAUGAUCACCACAUCGGCCGGCUGGGACGGUUUGCUGCUGCCGAUUCUCAACUACCCACCAGACUGCGAUGCCAACCUGGAGAACCCUGGUACUUCGGUGAAGGGUGACUGCGGCAACCCCUCAGUGGGAAUCUUCUUUUUUGUUAUGUAUAUCAUCAUUUCUUUCCUGAUUGUGGUUAACAUGUACAUUGCCAUCAUCCUGGAGAACUUCAGUGUGGCCACAGAGGAAAGUGCUGACCCACUGAGUGAGGAUGACUUUGAGACUUUCUAUGAGAUCUGGGAGAAGUUUGAUCCCACUGCCUCUCAAUUCAUUACAUUCGCCAAGCUGUCUGACUUUGCUGAUGCUUUGGAGCACCCACUUCGUGUGCCAAAGCCUAACACCAUAGAACUAAUUGCCAUGGACAUGCCCAUGGUGAGUGGUGAUCGCAUUCACUGCCUGGACAUCCUGUUCGCUUUCACAAAGCGUGUGCUGGGUGAUAGUGGUGAGUUGGACAUGCUGAGGCAGCAGAUGGAGGAGCGUUUUGUGGCAGCAAACCCCUCCAAGGUGUCGUAUGAACCUAUCACCACCACCCUCCGGCGCAAACAGGAGGAUGUCUCUGCCAAAACCAUACAGAAUGCCUACCGUGCCCACCUUAUCAGGCGUGGCAUCAUCUUUAAGCGCCACAUUUUAGCUAACAAUAUGCUUGAAAAUGGUGGGACCAACCAAGACAAGAAGGAGAGCACUCCGUCCACAGCGUCUCUCCCAUCCUACGACAGUGUGACCAAGCCUGACAAGGAGAAGCAGGACAAAAGCAAAGAGGAAUGGGCCAAGAAAGAGAAGGACAAAAACCAAAAAGACGAGUGGGAAUCCAAGUGUUAGGAUUCAGUGACUCUUAAAAAAAAAUCAAAGAGAUGAGACUCUGAGGGAAAACUCCCAACAAAUGUAGAAAACUCAUUUGGAGGGGAAAAAAAAUCAAAACACACUAAAACGUUUACAAACUCGAGUAGUAACAAAGCAAUGUGUUUUUGGAUUUUCUCAAAGACAGUUCAACUAAAAGCGUCAGUUUACUGCAAAACCUUUGCUUAAUAGAGACCAAGAGAAAUCGAUACUUAAACCAUGACUUGCUGUGUGCUCACACACUUUUCGGGGACCAACUGCCACAGAAACCACUGCUAAACGAUCGGACCAUUGCAAAGUACCUGCCACCACCUCGUGUGGACCCCUGCAGCCAAGCUCCAGGUGCUGCCGGGCCGGAUCACGCAGAUCUCAACAGAACUGUCUUAGCAGUCUAAAAUGAUGGUCUGUAGAACAACGUUCUCCACCUUCAACAAGAAAGAAAACCAACAAUAUUCACGUUUAGUAACGAGGAACAAACCAGAGAGGAAAGGAGAAUCUCAGAACUGUAGAGUCUGUUUGUGCAGAGAAUUCCUGCAUCGUUACAUUAUUUGAGCAGCAAAAAAAGAUAACAUUCAGCCCAUGUCACUAUAGUCGGUCAUUCUUUUUAUUUUUGCUAUACUGCCCCAGAAAAGAGACAUUUUUUCUACACGGGCGUUCACGGUGAGCGGGUAGGUGUCAUUAAUCGAUGUUUUGACUUGGGCUGAUGGAAACUUCUCAGACAGAGUUCCUGAUAAAUAAUAAUUAUUGUGCUUGUUAAAUGCAUAGAAAUGACUUGCAUGAAGGCAUGUUGUGAUCAGGAGUCAUGCAUGAUUAAUCAUAAUCCACAAGACACUUAUUCUCAGACCACUGCAGUGGCUUGACUAUAGGUUUGGGACUGUCCACUGGUGAAAUUACAGGAUUUAUAUAUAUAUAAAAAAAGUUUAAGAUUUGGAUGAUGCUAUCUGGAAAAAUUUGGGCCUUUUAUAUUUUUUCUGAUCCCAAGUUUGUUGAUUUUGAAUUGGCGUAUAAUUGAUAUUGGAUGAAGGUAAAAAUUGAAAGGCACUAUUAACAAGCAGAUUUUUCUGCUGCUCUUGAGUGUCAGCAGUGUAGAAAGAGAGCUGAGUGCUAGAAUAAGUGAAAGCAGUAAAAUCCUCAUGUUGAGGGUGCACAGUUUUGGAAGGUCAUGCCUGUAGGCCUGAACCAAACCAGGGACCGCCGGUUUUCUUACUCACUUGUGGUCCCUGUUUCAGCAAUGAGGUCAGGUGAUAUUUUCACGCCAAGGAAUCCAUAUCUGGUACGGGUAAAGGACCAACGUGCUCAGUGGUCAAUCAGUAUCUUCUGUCCUGAUGGAGUUCCUGCAGAGACGACAAAGAUGUGGUUCUAAUUUCCCGUUUUUUUUUUUCUUCCUGGUGUUUGUGAAGGAAGGGAUUUUUCAUGCAAAAACAGACAAAAGUCAUGUCAUAAAAUGUAUUUUUUUUUAUUAUUAUGAUUUAGACAGUUAAUUUAGAGAAGAAUUCCUUAAGUCCUUCACUGAUGUCUUAGUGAUGCAAUCAUUUAAAAAAAGUUUUGAUCAGUGAGACUGACGCAUCUCAUUCAGCAGAGUUAGCAGAGAAUUACCACAAGGAAAUGCCUUGUUGUGCCUCGCAUGAACUGAAGGUAGACAGACAGAAAGGCCUUGUGGUUUAGAGAGUAGUCACAUGGCUUCUGUCUGGUUUUUCCGGGGGGAUAAAACAACAAAUGUGGACCAAUGCAUCAACAGAAGCCCCCUCUUUGGGUUUUCUGACAAACUGCCAUAUUAACAAAAAGAGAAGCGAUUAAGAACAGUGCUUUGGUCUGAGUCAGAGUGCUGAAAGUCCCAUUGUCGUCAGUGUAUCUGUGUGCUUUUGUGGGACCUCUUAAACACUGUGUGAUCAUGGACCCAGGUUUGCACCAUCCUUCACACACUUGCAGGCUUCCAAGUGUUAUCACCUCCUUUAAAAAUGAAAAAAAAAAAGCUUGAGAUUGUGGUUCAAAAAGCUAACACCUGCCGAGAAAAAUCAUCAGCAGACCUCACAUUGAAGCAGCUAAUGUUGUAUUUAAAAAAAAAAAAAAGCUGCAAAAAGUUCCUUUUUCAUAAAAAAACGAGGGUUUGACAAUUAAUAAAUGAUACACAACUGCCACUCUAGAUGUUCUGCCAUUUUUAAAAAAAUUCCCUGCAGUAGUAACGGUCCUGUUAUUAGUGGAUGACCACAGAUAAAUUCGGCAUCCAUCGUCACACCUCUUCUGCCAUUUGGUGUGUUCAACACUGCCUGUACCAGAACCCCCUGUACUAAAACUGAGUUCUGUUUACAGUAUGAGGUCUCUGAAUCAGUUUGGCUGCUGCUGCUGCACACUGAAACCAAAACACAUUCCUGACCAGAACCACCAGAGGAAUGACUUCUUCUGACUGACUCAUUUUCAUUUUGGAUGAAGCAUUUUAGAAUUAUAGCAUUCACUUAAAAAAUAAUAAAAAAAAACAAAAAAAAA